AUGGAUGUUUUGUUUCUUAAAUAUUUAAAAAUAAAUUUGGAAAGGGAUAUACAAGAGGAAGAACACAAGUCACCAAAAAUUUCUUAUAAUUCAAAGUGCACUAAACAGGUGAAGACUCAUGAAAUUUAUGUAACAACUUUUCAGAUUCGAUUUUCUACUACUAAAGGAAAAUUACAAAACACAUUAAAAAUAGAGGAAAAACUUGAAAUUGCUUCAGGAAAUUUUAGUAUUCUGGGAACAGUUUUAUCUGUAGAUAAAGAUGAAGUAAUAUUAGAAUUACAUAGAGCAAUAAAUUUAGGUGAAUAUUCUCUUAGCAGAAUCACAAAUUUAAAUAAUAAUUUUAUUUUAAAGAAAUUAGAGAAUUUUAUUAAACUAAAUAAAAAGGCUCCAGUUAGUAUAUUAGACAGCUGGAUGCAAAAUAUAAAAGAAAGAAUUGAAAUGUUGUAUAAAAUUAAUAUUUUGACAUUUAAAGAGCUGCUAGAAUUUUUUUAUGAAAAAUCAAUGAAUAAAAACACAAAAAACCUUGAUUUAGAAAUAAAUUUACAAUUACUAGAUGAUGAUAUUAUUUGUAAAAUAGCGAAAAACAUUAACAAAAUCAUGAAUUACGAAAAAACACUACCAAUUAAUUAUGCGUCUGGGACUUGUCUUAAAAUCUUUGACUUUUUUGAUUAUUCUCUUAAUGAUUGUCAAAAACUAGCUGUGUUGGAAGUAUUUUACAAUAAAUCGUAUAAAAUUUUAGGACCGCCGGGUACCGGUAAAACCAGAACAAUUGUUGAAAUUAUUUUACAACUCCUUAACAAAGGUCAGAAAGUUUUAGUAGCUGGACCUAGUAAUGUAUCUAUAGACAACAUUAUUGAAAAAUUUCUUUUAUCAAAGUAUUAUAUCUACCAUACACCUAUAUUUUAUAGAUUAGGAAGUUCGUUUAAAGGUCUUACAAAGUUUAAUUUAGAAAAUCAAAUUUCACAAAUGACGUCUUUUAUCAAGAAAGAAAAAAAUGAGCGAAACUUUAAAAAAAAUAUUGAAAAAAUCAAAAAAUCAUACAAGCUUAACUUAAUUGAAGAAUCAAAAAUAGUUUUUUCUACUCUUUUUUCAGCUCUUAAAGAAAACUCUUCUUUUGAUUGGGUUAUUAUAGAUGAAGCUUGUCAAGCAUCAGAUGUAGAAACUUUUCUUACACUAAUAAAAGGUAAAAAUUUUAUUUUAAUUGGUGAUCCAAAUCAGUUAUGUCCAAAAUCGACUUCUCUGUUCGAAAAGUUAUCGUUAAAGACAUUUUUAUUAAAUUUGCAAUAUAGAAUGUGUAAAAAUUUGAUAUGUUUUUCGAAUGAAAUGUUUUAUGAUAAUAACAUAAAAAGUCAUAAAAUAGAAUCUAUUGAUCUUAUAAAUAAAAGUCCUAUAGUUUUUAUUGAUACUGAUUGCAGUGAUUUUAAUGAAACUGAAGACGAAUUUUCGAAAAAAAAUGAAGGAGAGGCUAAAAUGAUAUGUAAAGUUGUAAAAUAUUUAAAAAUGUUAAAAUUAACUAUCGGAAUUAUCACUCCGUAUUCUUCUCAAGCAAUUUUACUAAAAUCACUUUUUGAUGAAAAUGUUGAGAUAAACACUGUGGAUGGAUUUCAAGGCAGAGAGAAAGAUUUCAUAAUUUUAUCACUUGUACGAAGUAACGAAUCUGGAGAUUAUGGUUUUUUAGAUGAUUACAAACGUUUAAAUGUCGCAAUAACUCGAAGCAAAAGGGGACUUGUGGUUGUAGGAAAUUCGCAAAAUUUUAAAAGAUCAGAAUUAUUUAGCAAGUUUUUUAAAUUUUUAGAAAAAAAUUUUGUUGUAAUUGACCCUAUAGAAAUUGAUGAGUACUUUAAAACUACUGUAUAA